AACCCGACCGCAACUCACCCCGAGUUCACCUUUUCAUACCGGCGACAGACGCUCCUCUCCGGCAGAGAACCGCGCCGCAUCCGUCGCGCCAAGCGACCCUGUUUCUGGGGGGCGGGGUCGACGGACCAGUCGGUCAGUCAUCAUCCGAUGUAAAUACGACAAAAAAAACCUUCAUGUCGCGGAGUGCGUUUUUAUUUCUGCAAACUUUGGAUAAACCAGGACCGCACCGUCAAUCUACGAGAGCAGGUAAGGGGGUGCCAUGCCAGCUGCUGUUCCCCCUGUGCUCCCCCUCUCCACCUGGUGGUGGUGUCUGGUACUGCUGCAGCUUCCACAGGCCCUGACCCAGCCCCAGCUGGACCCUAACCCAGAGAAGGCCUCUCCCGCUGGGCAGGCCUUCCCUUACCUCUCCCUGGAUGGAUCUCCCCUCAACCACCUCCUACUGGACCCCAGGUCUGGUCAUCUGUACGUGGGGGCGGUCAACCAUCUCUACCAUCUGUCCCCUGACCUCCAGGUGCUGUCCUCCAGUCAGACUGGCCCCAAACUAGACAGUCCUGAAUGCCUGCCCCCCAUAGUCCCCAGGGACUGCCCCACCGCCCGGGUCACCCCCAACACCAAUAAGAUCCUGCUCCUGGAGGAAGGCGUGGACGCGGUGGGGUCAGAGGUCGGGGCAAGGAGCCUGAUCGUGUGCGGGACAUUGUUCCAAGGUAUCUGUGACAAGAGGAGUCUGGGUAAUGUGUCCGAGGUGCUCUAUCAGACGUCCAACCCAGUGGACACGCAGUACGUUGCCGCCAACGACCCCCGCGUCUCCACCGUGGGUGUGAUCUUGAACCAGAAGGGGGUGGGGCUGAUGCUAGUGGGGCGUGGCUACACUAGUAAAGGCCCCAGCGACAUCCCACCAAUCACAACGCGCCGUCUAUCCCCCAGUUCCUCCCCCUCCCGCCAGGCCUUCUCUCAAGACGAAGAACUAGGGAAGCUGGUUGUCGGGAGCUACUCCGAGUACAACAACAACUUCGUAUCGGCGUUUAACCACAGCGACCACGUCUACUUCCUGUUCUCGCGGAGGGAUAUGUGGCACCGGAAGGAGUACCGGACCUACGUUUCUCGUCUCUGCGCCGGGGACCGGAGCUUCUACUCCUAUGUGGAGGUUCCGUUGGAAUGUUCCGGCGGUUACAAUCUCGCCCAGGGGGCAUCCCCCGCCGAACACCAGGGGCGGCCGGCGCUGUUCGUUGCCAUGGCGGCGGGGCAGGCAUCGACGCCCACGGCAACGGGUCGCUCGGCGCUGUGCGUUUAUGGGAUGUCAGAGCUGGAUGCGUCGCUGCAGAGGGCCCAGGAGCUGUGCUAUACAGAGGGAGGAAGAGGAAGGACGGGACAGGAGGAGGCAUACAUAGAGUAUGAGGUGUCGUCCAAGUGUCUACGCCUGCCCAAGGAUUCGUUAAAGGAGUACCCAUGUGGAGGGGAACACACCCCCAGCCCCAUCGCCUCUGCGGUUCCCCUGUCAGCCACCCCCUCUCUGACCAGGGAAACCCAGCUCACCGCUGUCACCACCACUACCGAGGCCGGCCACACCAUCGCCCUGCUGGGGGACAAGAAGGGCUGGCUGCAUAAGGUAUUUCUCCAGACGGACACAACGGGGAUGUUGUAUCAGAGUGUAUUGGUGGACCAGGACAGUCCAGUCAACGCUGACCUACUACUGGACCAGUCUGGACAGAAUGUCUACGUCCUCACUGAUGGCAAGGUGUCCAAGGUGUCUGUAUCUCAGUGUGAACAGCAGCCUGACUGCCAGUCCUGUCUGUCUGUCAGAGAUCCUUACUGUGGCUGGUGUGUCCUGGAGGGAAGAUGCACUCGUAGACUGGAGUGUAGUCGUGAGGGCCAAGCCAACCACUGGCUGUGGAGCUACCAGCCUGCCAACCAGCCUGCUGACCAGCCUGCCGACCAGCCUGCCGACCAGCCUGCCAACCAGUGUGUGACUGUCCAGAGCCUAAAGCCUGCCAUCCAGAGCAGAGAGGAGGCGACUCAGGUGUCUCUAACAGUGGCCCAGCUGCCCACCCUUUUAGAGGAGGAGUCUCUUUCCUGCUCCUUCGGAACCCUCCCCCCUCAGCCAGCCAUCGUCAAGGGAACCACCAUCACCUGUCAAUCACCCCUGCCUGAGCUCCUCCCACCCAGCCCACCAGGAAGUGACCAUGUGUCCCUACGUGUGUCUGUGAUGUUCAGAGACGUGACCAUCUCUAGCAGUGACAUCAUCUUCUACGACUGUCGAGCUGUGGGGCGACUCAACAUCACCUCCCCGUGUAUGGCGUGUGUGGGCAGUGUGUGGCCUUGUAGCUGGUGUGUCCUGGGUGGGCUGUGUACCCACACCAACAACAGCUGUCCCAGGCAGCACACCAUACACAACUCACUGGAGGAGCAGUUGGAGCCGCGGGGUCCAGAAUCUUGUCCCUGUGUGUGGGCUCUACAGAGCUCUCCUCUGGUCCCCAUGGGCUUCCUGUCCCCUCUGACCCUACUGGGCAGGAACCUGGACAUGUUUCAGGGGGAGGAGCAGUAUGUGUGUGUCGUGGUUGUGGAAGGGGAGGAGCUUAAACUGAAUGCCACUCUGGAGAAGGAUCCGGAAACCAUGACGUACACCUUCACCUGCUCUGCCCACAAGUUCCAGUACCCAGUUAACCAGUUGGAAUAUUCAGCUCCCAUCUAUCUACAGAGAGGCUCCCAUCACAUCGACUCUGCACCCAAUCUCAGACUGCAGCUAUAUGACUGUUCAGUGGGCCAGUCUGACUGUAGCCAGUGCAGAGCGGUGCCAUCAGAUUAUGGCUGUGUCUGGUGUGGAGGAGAGUCACCUGGCUGUGUCUACCACCUGUCCUGUACCAGCUCACCUGGGCCAGAAGACGCCUGCCCUCCGCCUCACAUCAUACAGAUCGAGCCAGUGAGUGGUCCGGUGGAAGGGGGUGUGCUGGUGACCAUCCAUGGGUCUAACCUGGGGAUGCACUACCAGGACAUCCAGGGAGGAGUGACUGUAGCUGGGGUCAGCUGUCUGCCUCAGCCCCAUGGAUACCUCAUCUCGACCAGGAUAGUGUGUGAGCUCCAGCCCAGUAAACAGGAGACACAACCCUGCUACAUUGUUGAGGAGGUGAAUGGGACUCACCUGGUAUGCAGGACCAGCCCCAGUAACCAGACAGCAGAGCUGACAGUGAGGGUGUUGUUUGGGAAGGCAGAGAGGAGCGUACCUGGGCAGGUGUUUCACUACAUGGAGGACCCUGUCAUCACCGCAGCAUCGCCUGCUGAGAGCUUCUACGAGGGUGGGCGUAAUAUAAAGGUGAGUGGGCGUAACCUGGACGUGGUGCAACAGCCAAUGAUCUCCGUGCGGUUGGAGCACAUGGCAGAGAACAUCCUGGUCAUGAGAAGGAGGAGAUACGCCAGACUGUUGGCCAAGAACCGCCUACUAGUCUUCAACAGCACCGUGUCAAAGAAGCAGGAGCGUUGUAUGGUGGUCUCGCCCUUUGAGAUGACCUGUGUGACCCCGAGUGUGACCCAUGACUCCAAGGUCAUGGGGGUGUGGUUUGAGCUGGACAACGUUAAGGUGUCGUUUGAGAGCGUCGCGGGGAAGACGUUCUCUUACUAUCCCAACCCCGAGCUGUUUGCUCUGAACAGAGAUGACCCUGACACACCCUACCGCUUCAAACCUGGAGGGGUCAUCGCUGUAGAGGGUAAGGACCUGACGCGUGCCAUGACUCGUGAUGAAGUGGUAGCCAGGUUAGGUGACCAGGCGUGUGAGGUCAAGACUCUAGACAGCACUCACCUGUACUGUGAACCACCUGAGAAACAACCAGACAGUCUAGGGAGCAACCAACUGCCCAGCCUGAGGGUGGUAAUGGGGAAGCUGAACGUAGACCUGGGCACAGUGCAGUAUGACACAGAAGGCCUCUCACCUGUCCCUCUGGCUGCCCAGGUGGGUCUGGCUGCAGGGGCUGCUGUGGUGGUCCUAGUGGUGCUGGUCAUCAUCCUCAUGUACAGGAGGAAGAGCAAACAGGCCCUGAGAGACUACAAGAAGGUUCUGGUUCAGCUGGAGACUCUGGAGAUCAAUGUGGGAGACCAGUGCAGGAAGGAGUUCACAGAUCUGAUGACAGAGAUGAUGGAUCUGAGUAGUGAUGUGGGUGGACCAGGUAUUCCUCUCCUGGACUAUAAGACAUAUGCAGAGCGCGUGUUCUUCCCCGGCCAGAGGGGGGCGCCCCUGAGUCAGAACCUGGACCUGCCAGAGUCCCGCAGACGGACGGUGGAACAGGGCCUGGGACAACUCAACAACCUCCUCAACAACAGACUGUUCCUUAUCAGGUUCAUCCACACGCUGGAGGCCCAGCAGAACUUCUCCCAGCGUGACCGUGGCUACGUGGCGUCUCUCCUGACCAUGGCCCUGCACGACAAGCUGGAGUACUUCACCGAUGUCAUGAAGACCUUACUGGGAGACCUGGUGCAGCAGUACGUCGCCAAGAACCCCAAACUCAUGCUGCGCAGGACGGAGACAGUGGUGGAGAAGAUGCUAACCAACUGGAUGUCCAUCUGUCUCUACUCCUUCCUCAAGGAGGUGGCUGGGGAGCCCCUGUAUAUGCUGUACAGAGCCAUCAAGUACCAGGUGGAUAAGGGACCAGUAGACGCUGUGACGGGGAAGGCCAAGCGUACCCUGAACGACAGCCAUCUGCUGAGAGAGGACAUCGACUACUGCUCUAUCACUCUGACGGUGAUGGUGAAGAGUGGUGUGGAGGUGCAGCCGUGUCCCGUCAAGGUGUUGGACACUGACACCAUCACACAGGUCAAAGACAAGAUCCUAGACCAGAUCUAUAAAGGAGCUCCCUUCUCACAGAGACCUGCUGCAGACUCACUAGACCUGGAAUGGCGAUCGGGACAGGCGGGUCACCUGACACUGUCAGACGAUGAUGUCACAGCGAUCGUCCAGGGGCGCUGGAAGAAACUCAACACUCUGCAGCACUACAAGGUGCCAGACGGAGCAACAGUGGCUCUGAUCCCCAGAUCAGCUGCUGUCGUGGGGAUUCACCAGGUCUACCAGACUGGAGAGAAGACACCCAUGUUGGAGGGGGAUGGGGAGGAGGGGCUGAGGCUGUGGCACCUGGUGAAGUCCAACGAGGAACCAGAGAUCCCCAAACACAGGAAGAGCAGCAUGAGAGAGAGGGAGAGGGCCAAGGCCAUACCAGAGAUAUACCUGACACGACUACUAUCUAUGAAGGGGACGCUGCAGAAGUUCGUUGACGAUGUGUUCGUAGCCAUCCUCAACACCAAGCGCCCUCCUCCCAUCGCUGUGCGCUUCUUCUUUGACUUCCUGGAUGACAUGGCGGAGAAACACGGCAUCGACGACCCCGAGACCGUGCACAUCUGGAAGACCAACAGCCUGCCUCUGAGGUUCUGGGUCAACAUCCUGAAGAACCCUCAGUUUGUGUUUGAUGUCCAGGUGACGGAUAGCGUGGACGCCGUCCUCUCGGUCAUCGCUCAGACGUUCAUCGACUCCUGUACCACCUCCGAACACAAAGUCGGACGGGACUCUCCAGUGAACAAGCUGCUCUACGCCAGAGAGAUCCCCAGAUACAAGCAGCUGGUUGAGAGGUACUACAGUGACAUCCACAGUGCAGCAUCUGGCUGUUACCAAGAGAUGAACUCUACUCUAACGGAGCUGUCUGGGAGUUUUGGAUCAGACAUGAACAGUCUGGUGGCUCUGCUUGAGUUGUAUAAGUACAUCAACAAAUACUACGACCAGAUCAUCGCGUCUCUGGAGGAGGAUGCUGCUGGACAGAAGAUGCAGCUGGCCUAUCGUCUUCAGCAGGUCGCGGCCCUGGUGGAGAACAAGGUCACUGACCUCUAACCUCUCACCUCUGACCUGUGACCUAUCGUCUACAGCAGGUCGCCGCCCUGGUGGAGAACAAGGUCACUGACCUCUAACCUGUCACCUCUGACCUGUGACCUAUCGUCUACAGCAGGUCGCCGCCCUGGUGGAGAACAAGGUCACUGACCUCUAACCUGUCAACUCUGACCUGUGACCUAUCGUCCCCAGCAGGUCGCUGCCCUAGUGGAGAACCACAGACUGCCAGGGCUGCGUUCAGUACAACAGAACGUUACGCCAGAUACAGCAGAGAACGCGGAACACUCAGAUCCACUUCCUCAUGGUUUUUUUUUAUCCGGGAUCGGGGCCCACUCUUGGUCUGUUUAUUGCCCUCUGCCCGCGGAGGGGGCGCCUCAGAGUGAAACAUCUCACUGGAAAAAUGUAUUCUGGUAGGGGCAGAGUUGUUUCCUCUCUGGAGGAACCAAACCCACGUGAGAAAGGAAACGCCCACUUCCACAGAUCAUUUAAAUAAAAUGGCCAGAGUAAACUUAUCCUAUUUAUCCCCCAUAAAUGCUUUAUGUUACGUGUGUGUGUGUGUGUGUGUGUGUGUGUGUGUGUGUGUGUGUGUGUGUGUGUGUGUGUGUGUGUGUGUGUGUGUGUGUGUGUGUGUGUGUGUGUGUGUGUGUGUGGCGUUGCAACCGAGGACAGAUGAUUUUUACACUCAUCGAGCUUCAGCACUUGGCGGUUCCGUUCUGUGAGCUCGUGUGGCCUACCACUUUGUGGCUGUGCCGUUGUUGCUCCUAGACGUUUCCACUUCACAAUAAACAGCACUUACAGUUGACCGGGGCAGCUCUUGCAGGGCAAAAAUUUGACGAACUGACUUGUUGGAAAGGUGGCAUCCUAUGACGGUGCCACGUUGAAAGUCACUGAGCUCUUCAGUAUGGGCCAUUAUACCGCCAGUGUUUGUCUAUGGAGAUUGCAUGGCUGUCUGCUCAAUGUUAUCCACCUAUCAGCAACGGGUGUGGCUGAAAUAUAAUCCCCUAAUUUGAAGGGGUGUCCACAUACUGCUGUCUAUAUAUAUUUGGGUGUAGAGACGGGGUACGUUCCAGGGUGUCUGUAUUGCAGUCAUGUUGCACAGAUGAUCACAUGUCACACCGACCUAUAUUAACCCCCUGAGCUGUACAGGUCGACUGCAACAUGGACGUUCUGUAACGAGCCCACAGUCUAGUCUUAACAGUCAGGUUGACCACUAUAGCCACCGUUGGGGGGCCUCCACCCUGCAGCUCUCUAGACUAUCAGACUCUCUCAGUAACUGUCUCUACAGAUGGACGGUCAGGUUGACCACUAUAGCCACCGUUGGGGACCCUGCAGCUCUCUAGACUAUCAGACUCUCUCAGUAACUGUCUCUACAGAUGGACGGUCAGGUUGACCACUAUAGCCACCGUUGGGGGGCCUCCACCCUGCAGCUCUCUAGACUAUCAGACUCUCUCAGUAACUGUCUCUACAGAUGGACGGUCAGGUUGACCGUGUUUGGUCUUUUUUUGAAAACAUUUUUAGCAAAACCAUUUCCCUUGUUAGCAGUAGUUUUGUGAACAUCUUUAUCUUUGAAUACCAGGAAAUACAAGCUCAAUUUCUGGCGAUGUAUUAAAAUGUUUUAUUUCCUUAAAAUGCCCCCUACUCCCCAUGUCUUGUUGUUUUGAAAACCAUUUUACGAUUAUUUAUGACACGCUGAAGGUUUUAAAGCAGUCUAAUCUGUAUGUUCUGUGCUAUGUUCUUGAAGCUGGCCACUGAACUCAAUACAAGCUCUUUACUGAAAAACAGAGACACGUUGUUGUUACAACCUAGCCUGAGUACCAGUCUGUUACUGCUCUGUGGGGGUCUGAACCUAGCCUGAGUACCAGUCUGUUACUGCUCUGUGGGGGUCUGAACCUAGCCUGAGUACCAGUCUGUUACUGCUCUGUGGGGGUCUGAACCUAGCCUGAGUACCAGUCUGUUACUGCUCUGUGGGGGUCUGAACCUAGCCUGAGUACCAGUCUGUUACUGCUCUGUGGGAGUCUGAACCUAGCCUGAGUACCAGUCUGUUACUGCUCUGUGGGGGUCUGAACCUAGCCUGAGUACCAGUCUGUUACUGCUCUGUGGGGGUCUGAACCUAGCCUGAGUACCAGUCUGUUACUGCUCUGUGGGGGUCUGAACCUAGCCUGAGUACCAGUCUGUUACUGCUCUGUGGGGGUCUGAACCUAGCCUGAGUACCAGUCUGUUACUGCUCUGUGGUGGUCUGAACCUAGCCUGAGUACCAGUCUGUUACUGCUCUGUGGGGGUCUGAACCUAGCCUGAGUACCAGUCUGUUACUGCUCUGUGGGGGUCUGAACCUAGCCUGAGUACCAGUCUGUUACUGCUCUGUGGUGGUCUGAACCUAGCCUGAGUACCAGUCUGUUACUGCUCUGUGGGGGUCUGAACCUAGCCUGAGUACCAGUCUGUUACUGCUCUGUGGGGGUCUGAACCUAGCCUGAGUACCAGUCUGUUACUGCUCUGUGGGGGUCUGAACCUAGCCUGAGUACCAGUCUGUUACUGCUCUGUGGGGGUCUGAACCUAGCCUGAGUACCAGUCUGUU